GAAAAAGAAGUAUACUUGGCACCACACCUUGUGAGUUAGGUCCUAAGCCACCUUCCAUGUCCAUCAUUUUUGGUAGGUGCCCAACACACAGCCUCAGCAUAUUCUGUGAAUCCAAUUUAUGUAUGUUUGUCAUUCCACCAUUUCUACACCUAUACUGAACAAUCAAAUCUAAGCUGUAGCUGCUGUUCUUCCUUAACCUUUGUAUCAACUGCCUUCCUCUUGUCCAGUCUUCAGGUGCAGAAAAUAAACUCAAGGCUGUGUUCUCUAUACAAAAAUUGUAUGCGUUUUUUUUUUCACCGGCACGAAAAUCCCGCCGGGAGCGCUCCUCAGAUCUAGCAGCCGCACUCAUGCAGUUUUCGCCAAUUUAAAAUCAAGAGCAAAUUUCUGCCACAGCCAUACGUGGAGGUUGGCUGAUGAAGAACGGGAUGAUAGAGUGUAGUGUCUGUCAUUCCAAACUGGUCUCUCCAUCCACAAAGACUGUUUCACGAGCAUAUGAUCGGUAUAGGAGUAAGGUAUCUUCAAAGCAACGGGUUCUUAACUUCCUGUUAGUUGGUGGUGAUUGCGUCCUUGUUGGUUUACAGCCAAUUUUGGUUUUUAUGUCAAAAGUAGAUGGCAGAUUCAAGUUUAGCCCUAUCAGCGUCAACUUUUUAACAGAGGUUGCAAAAGUAAUUUUUGCAAUUGUGAUGCUUAUACUUCAGGAAACACGUGAGUGCUCAAAGCGUGCGGGAAAUGCUCGUGUUGGUAUAGUGGCGACUACUAUCAGGCCUGGAGGGCAGUCCUGGGGCGUUAAGCUACUUUUUGAGCAAUUAACACAAUACAAGUUGUUCUUUUUAAUCACGAACUUACAUUCACCAUUGUUGGUAUAUAUUGGGUAAAUGUAGAAUAGAGCCUAUUAAAUUAGGUUAUAUAUGUUUACUAUAAUUACGGGAUUAGAUUUGGAUUUGAUUAGUGUGAGCAUUCCGUUAGUUGUAUAUAUAAAUAAGGUUCCUUGUAUCAUUGAGAUUAUUGAGAUGAUUACAUGAUUUAGUUUCACAACAACCAUGCAGUGAUCUGAGAAACAGACAAGUAUUUUGGCUACUUGAAUGGUUCUAGAUGCAUCAGGCCAGGCAACAGAAGGUUGGUGAAAAGCCACUUCUCUCAGUUUCCACAUUUAUUCAGGCUGCUCGCAGCAAUGUGCUCUUGGCUGUUCCAGCCCUUCUUUAUGCUAUAAAUAACUAUCUCAAGUUCGUUAUGCAGCUAUAUUUCGACCCGGCAACAGUGAAAAUGCUGAGCAAUCUAAAGGUCUUGGUGAUUGCUGUACUUUUAAGGAUCAUAAUGAGACGUCGGUUUUCAAUAAUUCAGUGUGAAGCUCUUGCUUUAUUGCUGAUUGGGAUUAGCAUAAAUCAACUUAAGUCCUUUCCUGAGGGUACAAGUGCUUUGGGUCUUCCAGUUACAACUGGGGCAUAUGUGUACACUCUGAUAUUUGUAACUGUUCCUUCAAUGGCCUCGGUCUUCAACGAAUAUGCCCUGAAAAGCCAGUAUGACACUAGCAUUUAUCUUCAGAACUUAUUUUUAUAUGGAUAUGGCGCUAUCUUCAACUUUCUUGGGAUUCUCGGAACAGUCAUUUUUAAAGGUCCUAGCAGCUUUGAUAUAUUGGAAGGCCAUUCAAAAGCUACUAUGCUUUUGAUAUGUAACAAUGCUGCGCAGGGAAUUCUAUCCUCCUUUUUCUUCAAAUAUGCUGAUACAAUUUUGAAGAAGUAUUCAUCAACAGUAGCUACAAUAUUUACUGGCAUAGCAUCUGCUGCUUUAUUCGGCCAUACUUUGACCAUGAACUUUAUGUUAGGGAUCUCGGUGGUUUUCAUUUCGAUGCACCAGUUCUUCUCACCUCUUUCAAAAGCCAAGGAAGAUCUACAGAAUGGGGUGGUUGAGAUGGUCGAUGUACAGGAUAAUAAUAGGCUAGUCAUCGAGUGGGACCAGAUGAAAGGCAACCCCUUCUUCCCACCUAAACUCCGGGUCGACCGAGUCCGGGUCGACUCGCCGGGCCAGUCCGGGUUGAAAAACACUGAUUCUGAUAGAUACCAACAGGCGAUACAGCACUUCAACUAUAUUCGUGCAUUCAUGGUGAGUGAUAUUUCAUCUUCAAGACUCAAGGUGGCAGGAUAUGAACCUAUGUAUAAACUUGAAGCUUGA